ACGGACACAUUCUCCUCCAUCCUCUUAGUUGAAUGACAAAAGUGGGCAGUUCAAGAUUUCAUAUUUGCCCUCACUGUCUCAAACUCUCUCUUUUCUUCCUCUCCUUUGCAGCCGGUCGGACGUACGCGUCCCAUACCUGCAUAGAGUUCUCAGUAUUCUUGGGUACAGUAUUGAACGUCGCAAUAUCCCGCGCGCACUGCACCAAUUGAGGGAGCCGAUGCCGAAAAGACUUCCCAUCCUUUCAACCCCCAAAAUAUUAGAAAAUCCAGGAUUGGACAACCAUUAAUCGAAAUGUUUGUCGAAAUAAUGCGACCAGUAAGGUUCCUCCCCCUUCUGUGCACAGUUUGCCACCUGACCAUGGCUUUCCCCGCCCAAACAGGAUACUCAGAAGACGACAAGCGUCAACUCCAGGUCACCAUCUCCAAGACAACCCCCAUCUCCACUGCACACCUGGGGGGCUCCAUCACAAUCACCUGCCUGGUGUCCCUGUCACCUGGGCCCCCCUCAUCCUCCUCGCCCCCGAUCCCACCCCGGGUCAAGUGGAGCGUGUUGCAUGAGGGGGAGCAGGAGGAGACAGAGAUCCUGGUGGCGCGGGGUCAAAGGGUGAAGGUCAAUGAGGCCUACAGAGAACGAGCCUCCCUGGUCAACUUUGCAGACUCGCCUGAGGACCUCUCCCUCUGGUUGGGGGAGCUGCGCUCAAGCGACACGGGGCACUACCGCUGCGAGGUGCAGCAAGGCCUGGACGAUGCCAGUGAUUUCACACAGAUAAAAGUCAAAGGUGUGGUCUUCCACUACAGACACGCCUCUGGCCGAUAUGCGUUUUCGUUCAGUGAGGCCCAGAGGUCGUGUGAGGGCAUUGGGGCACACAUCGCCACUCCCGACCAGCUUCUGGCAGCCUAUUACGAUGGCUAUGAGCAGUGUGACGCCGGCUGGCUCGCUGACCAAUCUGUCAGAUAUCCAAUCCAAGUUCCCCGGGAGGGUUGCUAUGGUGACAUGGAUGGCCGCCCGGGAUUGAGGAACUAUGGGACGCUGGAAUCAGAGGAGCUGUUUGAUGUGUAUUGUUAUGUGGAGCAUAUUGAUGGGGAGGUGUUCCAUGGCUCUGCCCCUCAGCAGCUGUCAUUGGACGAGGCUCGGGCUUACUGCGAGAAGGAAGGGGCAGAGCUGGCUACCACAGGGCAGCUGUACGUGGCGUGGAGCAAGGGUUUGGACAGCUGCAACCCUGGCUGGCUGUCUGAUGGCAGUGUGCGGUACCCCAUCAUCAUCCCUAGGGAGCGCUGUGGAGGGCCUCAGGCAGGGGUCAAGACCCUGUAUCGCUACAGCAACCAGACAGGCUUCCCUGAAUCAUCCAGCCGCCAUGAUGUUUACUGUUUCAGAGGUGUUGGGAAUCCUCACACUGAUGCCCCCAUAGACUACAUGGCCACUGAGCCAGAGGACAUCGGACAAGAUAUUGUCGUUCUUAUGGAGCCUGCUGAGGAGCUCUAUCUGAGCCAAGAUAGCAAGCAAGUGGAGCGAGAGGCCCAGAGUGUCCUGGGAUCCCUCCCCGUCUUCCAGUCGGCUCCUGCUCAGGAGGAUCUGCAGGGGACUCCCCCUACUGCCCUGUCAAGCACAGAGGUCCCCCUCACCCAUACAGCCUCUUCCCAUGACCUUCUCCAGCCCUUUGAUGAGACUUCACUUCCUGUAGAGGAAAACUACCACUCCCAGCAUGCUACUUCACUACCCAACACCUCCAGUGAGCCAGACUCCCUCCACGAAGGAGACUAUCACUCCCAGCAUUCUACUUCACUACCCAGCACCUCCAGUGAGCCAGAAUCUCUCCACGAAAGAGACUAUCACUCCCAGAAUUCUAGUUCCAUACCCAGCACCUCCACUAAGCCAGACUCCCUCCACGAAGGAGAUUAUCACUCCCAGAAUUCUAUUUACAUACCCAGCACCUCCAGUGUGCCAGACUCCCUCCACGAAAGAGACUAUCACUCCCAGAAUUCUACUUCACUACCUAACACCUCCAGUGAGCCAGACUCCCCCCACGAAGGAGACUAUCACUCCCAGAAUUCUACUUCACUACCCAGCACCUCCAGUGAGCCAGACUCCCUCCACGAAGGAGACUAUCACUCCCAGAAUUCUACUUCACUACCUAACACCUCCAGUGAGCCAGACUCCCCCCACGAAGGAGACUAUCACUCCCAGAAUUCUACUUCACUACCCAGCACCUCCAGUGAGCCAGACUCCCUCCACGAAGGAGACUAUCACUCCCAGAAUUCUACUUCACUACCCAGCACCUCCAGUGAGCCAGACUCCCUCCACGAAGGAGACUAUCACUCCCAGAAUUCUACUUCACUACCCAGCACCUCCAGUGUGCCAGACUCCCUCCAAGAAGGAGACUAUCACUCACAUAAUUCUACUUCACUACCCAACACCUCCAGUGAGCCAGACUCCCUCCACGAAGGAGACUAUCACUCCCAGAAUUCUACUUCACUACCUAACACCUCCAGUGAGCCAGACUCCCUCCACGACGGAGACUAUCACUCCCAGAAUUCUACUUCACUACCUAACACCUCCAGUGAGCCAGACUCCCUCCACGAAGGAGACUAUCACUCCCAGAAUUCUACUUCACUACCCAGCACCUCCAGUGAGCCAGACUCCCUCCACGAAGGAGACUAUCACUCCCAGAAUUCUACUUCACUACCCAGCACCUCCAGUGUGCCAGACUCCCUCCAAGAAGGAGACUAUCACUCACAUAAUUCUACUUCACUACCCAACACCUCCAGUGAGCCAGACUCCCUUCACGAAGGAGACUAUCACUCCCAGAAUUCUACUUCACUACCCAGCACCUCCAGUGUGCCAGACUCCCUCCACGAAGGAGACGAUCACUCACAAAAUUCUACUUCACUACCCAACACCUCCAGUGAGCCAGACUCCCUUCACGAAGGAGACUAUCACUCCCAGAAUUCUACUUCACUACCCAGCACCUCCAGUGUGCCAGACUCCCUCCACGAAGGAGACGAUCACUCACAAAAUUCUACUUCACUACCCAGAACCUCUAGUGUUCUAGACUCUCUCCACGAAGGCAAUUCCAGUCUCUACCAGCUAGUGCUGGGAACAACCCCAGAAUUCCCUGAGCCAUCCUACGAGCCCCACAGACAUUAUCAGCCGAUGCCAGAGAUGAACCCGGAGGAAACAGACUACCAACAGUCAGGAUCUUCCAAGCACUUCCAGCCAAUGCCAGAGACCAAUCUCGAGUUGGAUCAAGUGGAAGCCAACUACAGCACAACAGGAGGUAACCAGAGUCAUUGGGAGAAUACAAAAGAGACUACCACAAUGGCCUUUGAACCCAUAGAGAAUGCUACCGAGGCACGUGACCAUGCCGCAGAGAGAAGACACAAAGAGGUGAUUGUGGGAGAGCCUGAGGAGACAUCCAUCUCUACCAAGUCCCCGGGAGAGCUUGAUCCCCGCCCAGCAUGGUCUACCCUCUCCCCCCACGCAAAGGCAACCUCAGUGUGGUCGCCCCUGGAUGGAUCUGGAGAUGUGUCCCAAGAGAUAGAACUAGUUGUCCACCAGGGAAUCCACACAGACAGAUUCCCCACCUCCUCCUCCUCCUCUUCCUCCUCCUCCUCCUCCUUCACCACUCACAUGUCUGCCUCCCCUGGAGCCACCAGCAUUCCCAGUGAGGGACAGACAGGAGUUACGCAUUCAAGCAGCAUCUUAUCUGGACUGGAUCAUUCGGAGGAGCUAGGACUGGAUGUGUACUCCACAGUAGGCCAUCCAAAAGUAACCUCGCAGGGAACUUCCUCCGCUAGGCUGGAGGGCAGCACCAGUCUAGAUUUUGAGGGUAUCGUCAUUCCAGAGAGAUUGGUACCUUCUAGAGAAGUAGAGCUGGCACCAGGGGAGUCUGAUGAGGAGCACCUGGGGUCUGGAGAGGGCAUAGCCACUACCGAGUCUCCAGACCUCUCCACCACCUCCCAGCUGCCCGUCGAGUUUACCACUCUGGGCUAUCAAACAACGACCAUGUCCAGAAUAGAGAUGGAUCCCACAACCACGGACCCUGAAGAAGACGGAAGUGGACAUGAGCCAAGCACUGAUGAACCAUCCCUGGGAGAAAAAGUGACCGUCUUCCCCCUUGAGUCGCAAACAUCCAGCUGGGAUCUGCACCGCACCACCUCUGCACCCCAAGAGUCUCAGGAAGACCUUGAAUACAGCGGGGAACCCCUUUCCACCUCUUCCCAGACAGAUCUUCCAGACUCCUCAGAAGAACCUGAUCUGUUUGGGUCAGACUCCUUGUCCAUCUCAAGUACGGAUCCCACCGCAGCCACCAUGUCCACAUCCACCAUGUACACCUCCACAGAGUGGGCCACACGGACCUGGAGCCCCACCACCUCCACGACACAAGGUCCCCCAGAAACAUCUGAGCCGGAGAGGGUGACGGCUCUUAUGCCCCCCGUGGAUCAGGGCCGGUUGGAUCUGGAAUUCGGCCUCACCCAGCCACCCACCCUGCUCAUGUUGCCCAAUGAGAGGGCUGCCGUGGGCAGUGCCAGGAAGAUUUCAGAUGCCUGUCUGGAGGACCUCUGUGCCAACGGAGGCACCUGCAUUGAGAUGGGCGGGAGCACCAAAUGCCUCUGUUUGCCCAGCUAUGGAGGUGACCUCUGUCAGACAGAUCUGGAGCAGUGUGAGGUGGGCUGGCAGAAGUUCCACGGGAACUGCUACAAGCACUUCAACCAGCGGCUGAGCUGGGAGGUGGCAGAGCAGCACUGUCGCAUGGUGGGGGGCCACCUGGCAUCAAUCAUGACACCCGAAGAGAAGGACUUCAUUAACAAUAACUUUAAGGAGUAUCAGUGGACUGGACUAAAUGACAAGACCAUCGAGGGGGAUUUCCACUGGUCCGAUGGCAACCCACUGCUCUAUGAGAACUGGUACAGGGGCCAGCCUGACAGUUACUUCCUGUCUGGAGAGGACUGUGUGGUGAUGGUAUGGCAUGAUUCUGGGCACUGGAGUGACGUGCCCUGCAACUACCACCUGGCCUACACCUGCAAGAAAGGCACCUCUUCAUGUGGCCCUCCCCCCAAAGUCCGAAACGCACUCGCGUUUGGCAAAAUUCGCCAGAGGUACGAGACGGGCGCUGUUGUGCGCUACUACUGUGCCCAGGGCUUCCAGCAGAGAAGAAACCCUCUGGUCGUGUGCCUGCCGGGUGGCAAGUGGGAGGAGUCCCAGAUCCUCUGCAUCCCUGGGGCAGGAAGCACAGCACAGACAGUAGGAGUAACAUCACUAACCACAGGAAGCCAAGAGCUGGCUGAAGAGGAAUCACAAACAACAAAGGAAAAGCUUCAAUACUGGGACAUCAAGUGGAACUUUUAAAUGUCAUACCAUGUCCCGGUACACUUCAAGAGUUUCCUUUCCUCAUUGACCAGAGAUCUGAAAUGGCCGAACAGGUAAAGGCAAUAGGGUGAUCUUGAAGGAUAGGAGACAGGGAAAGAGUACUGGGACACCGGGUCAGUCAAGCAUAACCUCUUACAUUCCUACUGUCCUCCCCAAAAAAGCACAUUGAUCUGAAUCUGUUGUUGGGAUAGCCUGGGCUUGAAGGUCUCUUGUCGCCCUACAUAGGAUGCAAUGAAUUGCAAUAGUGUCCUAGAACGCUAUAAUACAGAACCCGGAACAUGUUCUGUGAAAAUCCUAUCACUGAGGCAUAUCUAGAAUCAGUAACUCCUUGUCCGUUCAUCCAGAUUGUAUAAUGUGUGGAUGUGUAAGGAAACGUUUCUCCAAACCUUUUCUCCAAACCGGCUCGUCUUGAGCACUGUCUAUCACAGGUGAAGUCUAGUGCCGGUUUGGUUCAGACGGUUUCUUUAAAGAUAUCCACACAUUGGACAAUCCAGAAGGAUGGGACAAGGAGGUAUGGAUAGUAGAUGUGAAUUCAGUAAAAGGAUUACUGGAAACCUAUGGACUUUUCGCCAGAUAUGUUCCGGACUCCGUAGCUAUCUAGGAUGCCAUUGCAUUCAAUGUGCGGGGUCAUCUGUAAGCCCAGGUCUCUUGUUGGUUUUAAACAGGCCUCAGCAGGCUAAUGGUGUUCAGCGAUCUCAUCUCUGCAAUUUAUCAUGUCAGUUCUCAAUCAUUGUUUAUUGACUAUUAUUGGCAAAUCAACUUUAUAAAUCCACCCAUAAUAUUUUCAACAACAGCUGGUCUGUUUGCAAUUCCAUUCAUAUUCCAUCAGCUGAGGACUACCUGGGUUCUGUUCAGGAGGGUGCAAACGUUACAGGACGUUCAGAUAGAAAUGUAUUGUGUAGAAUAGACAUGAUUGCCCAGCCUGGCCUCAGAACCGCACAAAAUAUAAUUGUGUAGUUCUGAGCACCUCCAAGAGGUAUGAUCCCUACAGUCUAGCAAUCCAAAGGUUGCAUGUUCGAGUCGCCUCUGGGAUAUCUGUAGCAUUUUAGCUUAUCUUUCCCCUAACCCUUAUUCUAACGUUAACUCAAUUCACCUGCUAUGUAAAUUCACCUAACCUUUGUCAUUUUAGUCCUCCUAACCUUUGUAGUUAGUUCCCGUAACCGCCAACUUAAAUAGUCCCCGUAAUUGUCCUUUGUUGUUACAGUGCAACAAGCAACGUGGUCUCAGACAAAGACUUUGCAAUGCUAUAUGUCCUCCAAGACGUAUGAUACUGUACGUCCUCCAACUCGCAUGAUAUUGUAUGACCACUAUUUUAUUCAACGUAGCGUAAUGUAUCAUCCUGAAUUGAGUGUCACAGAAUUCCGUACAGAUUCACACCAAUUGCCCUGACACCACAUUGGAUUGCCUGUAGACUCGGGACUCGGGAACGACUGUAGUUCUGUUAGUAAUAUUUCUGCCUGCAAUGAUUUGAACUUUUCAUCUUAUUGAGUACACUGCAGGACAGGUGAGUCCUUGUAGGGAUGCCUGGUUGAGUGUCGACUCUGUGGUCCAACGUAACCUGUCCCACACCACUACCCCUAUGUCCUUUAUGAGUCCCCUUCAUAAAACAAAAAGGACGGCAUAGGUGUACGCAAUAUGAUGGAAACUCCACCAAACCUACCAGAGGGCUAGGUGUGGCUAUUACCACAUUGCUGAUACCAAUACAAAUAUUUCAGAUGCACGAGGUGACUUAACAAAGUCUUCGGAAUGGAAGGAAUGGUUGGUUUGGAAUUGGGGCAACAAAAAAAAUCCCUGUGCUCUUUAGGAACCCAUAUCAACUCUUGAACUCAGCAUUUAUGUCCAUCUCAACCAUCUCACAACCAUACGCCUUCUUAGACUUUUGUCAUCAACAGACUUUAUAUGAAACAUGGUGCUAACACCCUUGCGUAUGAUACCUGCAUGAAGUACGUUAAGAAAUGUUCAUCCUUAAGAAUCAAAAGGGCAAGGUUUGUGCGGCAGGAUGUUCGAAAAAUAAAACAACUCCAAACAGGCUGGUUUAUAAAAGUCAAUACCAUUAUCGAAGUAGAAUUGACAUUUCUCACAGUGGCCAUAACUCUUUUGGGGUGAAAGAGGCGAGAGUAAGUGAGUAGCAUGCAAAAUAUUUGACCAUGGAUACGAUGCCACUACUGUACUCAUCAAUGAUAUUAAUUUUGUCUCAAAGUAUGUUUUAAUUACUGUCCACUCUUCCGUCUGAUAGAUGCCCGACAUUUUACUGACACAGUUCUAUGAAAAGCUUUGUGUUGUAAUAAAGUUUUUUUUAUAGAAUAAAGCAAGGAUUUAAUGAGUAUUAACCACACAGCCAUUAUCGGAAAUUGUAUUUUUUUGUUCUUUAUUUGCUUUGGUUUUUAUAAGCAUCUUUUACGGUAAUACUGUUCCUUUAUAAACCAACUAAAAUAAAAUUUGAACGUUUCUGUGA